AUGAGACGAGCAGAACAUCACUCGAGACCUCACUAUAAUAAUUAUCAAGCUCAACAACACCAGUAUUAUGCACAACAACAGUAUAACCAACCUCAAGACUCGCACUCAGUAAUUUUAGUAACUGCUGGAUAUGAUCAUACUAUACGUUUUUGGGAAGCUUUAAGUGGAAUUUGUUCAAGAACAAUUCAACACCCCGAUUCGCAAGUGAACAGGUUAUGUAUUUCUCCAGACAAAAGGUAUCUUGCUGCAGCAGGAAACCAGCAUAUCCGCUUAUAUGAUAUUAACAGCCCUAAUCCUAAUCCGAUAACAUCUUUUGACGGACAUGCGGGAAAUGUAACGGCUGUUGGAUUUCACUGUGAGGGAAAAUGGAUGGUAACUGCUCCAUCGAUACAACGUAAUUAUGAUCAUAAGUCACCUGUUAAUGAUGUAGCGAUUCAUCCAAAUCAAGGCGAAUUGAUUUCUUGUGAUCAAAAGGGAAGUAUAAAGAUUUGGGAUUUGGGAGAAAAUUCUUGUACUCAUGAAUUGGUCCCAGAAGAGGAUGUUCCGCUACGCUCAGUUACUGUUGCUAUUGAUGGUUCUAUGUUAGUGGCAGCAAAUAAUAAAGGUAAUUGUUAUGUAUGGAAGAUGUCAAAUGCGAGAGAUUGUACAGAUUUACAACCUAUAACGAAAUUCUCGGCACAUAAGAGAUAUAUUACUCGAUGUUUAUUGAGCCCUGAUGUUAAACAUUUGGCGACUUGUUCUGCAGAUACUACGGUUAAAAUAUGGUCUGCUACGAAUCAUGAAUUCAAAUUGGACAAAGAAUUAAAAGGUCAUCAAAGAUGGGUAUGGGAUUGUGCAUUUUCUGCCGAUUCCGCUUAUCUUGUAACAGCAUCUUCAGAUCAUGUUGCAAGACUCUGGGAGUUGCAGCAAGGAGAGACAAUAAGACAAUAUAAUGGACAUCAUAAGGCAGCUAUUUGUGUAGCACUUAAUGAUUUAUCAAUUGGAAAUUGA